UGGGAUAUGAAGAAGUCUAAUGGUCCUCCAUGGCUCCAUCCGAUUUGAGGAACAACUCUUGUCUUACCACUGCAACAUGAGAGGUUCUACAAUCUUCCAUAUAUUCUUUUUUUUUACCUUCGCUUUUCUCGCAUUCUUUUUCAUUACUGUACUCUCCGUUGAUACCUUAACUGCAACCCAAUCUCUUGGAAUUAACCAAACCCUUGUGUCUCCCGAGGAGGUGUUUGAGUUUGGAUUCUUUAAUGAAAGCAGUUCCAGAUGGUACUUAGGUACAUGGUACAAGGAUAUUCCUGAUAAAAUAGUGGUUUGGGUGGCAAACAGAGACACCCCACUUGAAAAUUCCAAAGUAACUCUCAAGAUUGGAGACAGAGGAAACCUGGUUCUUCUUAAUCAAACAGGUUACUCCAUAUGGUCAUCGAAUCAAACCACUGCCACAAACCCAGUUCUUAGGCUUUUGGAUAGUGGGAAUUUGAUUCUCAUAGAAGCAAACGAGAAAAAUACCAACAACUAUCUAUGGCAGAGCUUUGAUUAUCCAACAGAUACUUUGUUACCAGGCAUGAAGCUAGGUUGGAACCUUGACACUGGCGUGGAGCACCGUAUAACAUCAUGGAAAAGCCAAGAUGAUCCAUCAAGUGGAGAUGCUUAUUUCAGUCUAGAAUACCAUGGGAUCCCUGAGGUUUUCUUAUGGAACAAAAAGGAAAGGGUCUUUCGAACUGGACCAUGGAAUGGUGAGGUGUUUGGUGGAGUACCAAUACUAAACACAAUUGCUGUUCUUAAUGAUAGAGUUGUUGCUAAUGAACAUGAGGUGUAUUACAUCCCUUCAACGCUUAAUCAAUCUCGUUUAUCCAGACUUGUUGUGAAUUGGACGGGUCAAAUUCAACGCUAUGCAUGGAUAGAAAGUAGUCAAAGUUGGAGCAAAGUAUGGUUUGCACCUGCUGGCGAUUGUGAUCAUUAUGGAGCUUGUGGUCCAUUUGGUAUAUGUGACUCAAAUGCUUUCCCUGUAUGCAAGUGUAUUGAAGGGUUCAAUAUCAAGAAUCAGCAGCAAUGGGAUUUGAGAAAUUUUUCUGAUGGGUGUGCCAGGAAGACAAAAUUGGAAUGUGGGAAUGACAAGUUUUUGCACAAGAUGAACGUGCAGUUGCCAGAUACAACAUCGGUGUUUCUGGAUAAGAACAUGACAAUAUCAGAAUGUAAAAAUAUGUGCCUGAAAGAUUGUUCUUGCACUGCCUAUGCUAAUGCAGAGGUUACUAAUGGUGGGACUGGUUGCGUGAUGUGGAAUGAUACUCUCUUGGACGUGAGGCAAUUUUCUGAAAGUGGCCAAGAUCUAUUCGUCAGAUUAGCAGCUUCUGAUGUAGAUGACAGCGGGACAGGAUUUGUUGGUGGGUCUGGCAAGAAAAAGAAUGUAGGAAAGAUUGCAGGCCUUGUAGUUACUGUAGCUAUCGUAAUUUUGGGAGUGAGUAUAUUCAUUUUGUGGAAGAAGAGGAAAUUGCAUAGUAUAUCACAAGGGAACACGGAACAGAAUGUUAAUUUUGAUAGAGGCCAGACAACGCUAUCACCUGUGGCAAUUUUUUCAAAUAACAUAGAACAUUCAGAUGAAAGGAACAUGGAUGACCUGGAGUUGCCAUUGGUUGAUUUUAAUACCAUAACAAUGGCCACAAACUUCUUCUCUUCAGCGAAUAAGCUUGGAGAAGGAGGCUUUGGAAGUGUUUACAGGGGUAGGUUGGCUGAUGGCCAAGAAAUUGCUGUGAAAAGGUUAUCGACAAGCUCUGGACAAGGAAGUCAAGAAUUCAAGAAUGAGGUCAGAUCAAUUGCAAAGCUUCAACAUCGAAAUCUUGUAAGACUGUUAGGUUGCUGCACUGAGAAGGAUGAGAAGAUGUUGAUCUAUGAGUACAUGGAAAAUAACAGCCUAGAUUCUGUUUUAUUUGACAAAUCAAAGAGUUCCUUGCUACACUGGCCAAUGCGCUUCUACAUUAUAUGUGGCAUAGCCAAAGGGCUUCUUUAUCUCCAUCAUGACUCCAGACUUAAAAUUAUCCAUAGGGAUCUCAAGGCAAGCAAUAUUCUUCUCGAUAGAGAAAUGAAUCCAAAGAUUUCAGAUUUUGGGAUUGCUAGAAUUUUUGAGAGUGAUCAAACUCAAGCGAAUACAAAGAGAGUUGUUGGAACAUAUGGCUACAUGUCACCUGAAUACGCAAUGGGUGGAUUCUUUUCAGUGAAAUCUGAUGUUUUUAGUUUCGGGGUUCUAGUUCUAGAGAUCAUAAGUGGCAAGAAGAACAGAGGAUUUUAUUCCUCAGAUGACCUAAAUCUUCUUGGAUAUGCAUGGAGACUCUGGAAAGAAGGGAGUGCAUUGGAACUCAUAGAAUCAUCAUUUGCUGAUUCAUAUUCAGUAUCUGAAGUUCUAAGAUGCAUACAUGUUGGCCUCAUAUGUGUCCAAGAACGAGCAGAAGAUAGGCCAACAAUGUCUUCUGUGGUCUUGAUGUUGAAUAGCGAAACUGCAUCAAUGCCACAGCCUAAACACCCUGGUUUCGUCCUUGGAAGGAGUCCCAGUGAAACUCAUUCUUCUUCAGUUAAUCAAGUCACAGUUACAGUGGUAGAUGGCAGGUAGGUAAUUUAGUCUGGCAUAAUCAGGCACAUACAUUUAAGUAUCAAAUUUUAUAUUUUUAUUGAUUUUGAAUUGUACUAACCAUUGAUAUUGAAAUGUAUAUAAAUACACAAGGUUAGUUCCAAAUUGAGAAUCUUUAUUAUGCAUCUCAAAAGUGCUAAUGCUUAUAUUCAGUAA